AUGUGUGAAACGACACAGGAACAGAUGAUAAGCCGUUUGGGAGCUUCUUGGGCUAAUACUGGUGAGCAGACUAACGUGGGCAAUGUUGUGCCCGUGCUGGUAUCUGGUGUCCAUAAGAAGUUGAAGUCAGAGCUUUGGAAACCAGAAGCUUUCAGCCUGGAAUUUGGAGAUCAAGAUGUAGAUUUGGUGAACUGCAGGAACUGUGCCAUAAUUUCAGACGUGAAAGUGCGUGACUUCUGGGAUGGCUUUGAGAUAAUAUCUAAACGGCUCAGGUCAGAUGAUGGUCAGCCAAUGGUACUAAAAUUAAAGGAUUGGCCUCCAGGGGAGGACUUUAGAGAUAUGAUGCCUACAAGGUUUGAGGACUUGAUGGAGAAUCUUCCUCUUCCCGAAUACACCAAGAGGGACGGCAGACUGAAUUUGGCUUCUAGGCUGCCAAGCUACUUUGUCCGUCCUGACUUGGGUCCAAAAAUGUACAAUGCCUAUGGCUUAAUUACUGCAGAGGACAGACGAGUUGGUACCACAAACCUGCAUUUGGAUGUGUCUGAUGCUGUUAAUGUCAUGGUGUACGUUGGGAUUCCCGUUGGAGAGGGGACCCAUGAUGAUGAGGUUCUGAAAACAAUUGAUGAGGGAGAUGCUGAUGAUGUAACAAAGCAGCGGAUUCAUGAAGGGAGAGAGAAGCCUGGAGCAUUGUGGCACAUCUAUGCUGCCAAGGAUGCUGAAAAGAUACGGGAACUUCUCCGGAAGGUUGGAGAAGAACAAGGCCAAGAAAAUCCCCCAGAUCAUGACCCCAUUCAUGACCAAAGUUGGUACUUGGACCAGAUCUUACGCAAGCGACUCUACGAUGAGUACGGUGUACAAGGCUGGGCGAUAGUGCAGUUCCUUGGAGAUGCUGUGUUCAUUCCUGCAGGUGCUCCCCAUCAAGUCCAUAAUUUAUACAGCUGCAUUAAAGUGGCAGAAGAUUUUGUAUCUCCAGAACAUGUGAAGCACUGCUUCCGUCUGACCCAGGAGUUCAGGCACCUGUCUAAUACUCAUACAAACCAUGAGGAUAAACUGCAGGUGAAGAACAUUAUCUACCAUGCAGUGAAAGACGCUGUUGGCACACUGAAAGCUCAUGAAUCCAAACUAGCUAGAUCGUAGGAACUGCUAAUUCCAAAAGCCCUGCGAAGGAAGCCUUUUGCUCACAGUACAUACAGGGACUGCACAUGACUGCCUCUGCAGGAGCAGCGGCUUCUCUCUAAGAGCUGGUGUGGUCAGUAUUACACACACUCUUCAGCCACCGUUUUCUGUGCUGCCUCAACACUGAAGGUCUAACGGAAGGUUGCACUGUUACAUGCGGAAUUUCAGAUUCUAGUGAAAGGUGCCAUGUCCCUUUCCUGUGGCCUUUUGCGAAUUGGAAGAACGUGGAAACCACUUGGUGUUCCUGCAUAUUGUGAUUAGAAAUGGUAUAAAGAGUGUGGAUGGGUUUUUUCCUCAUGCCUCGUUAGUCUCCACAGGUUAGAAGGAAUGUGCUGGAGGUGGGUUGUCCUACUGCAGAUUUAUCUGCUGUAGGAGUGUGGCCAAGAGUAGCCGAACUGCAGAAAUUUAAGCAAACUUCCCAUGAAAGAUACAGGCCAAGGAAAAAAAAAGCUAUUCUCUGCACUCCCCUUCCUGUAGCCGUUUCUCUAUACACUGUAGAGUUGCAGAAAUAAAGGGAGAACCCACUUUUUUUCCCCAGGAGACUCCAGAAAUAGGAGGAUUGUGUAUUUAGUGAAAAACUAGGUUUGUAGUGAAACAGUUAAUAUUUCAUGAAAGUAGAUAUUUUUAGUAUUUUUGAAGUACCACAACUGUUCCUGGAUUUUGGAGGAAAGGCGCAUUACAUUUAGUCUUCCUUUCAAUAAAAUCAAGAACUGAUUUUUAGAACGCAGUCCAAAAUAGCACAAAAACAGCCAAAGGAGAGCGAAUAGAAGUUGACACCCCACCUCCCUUGUCCAUAUUCCUCACCCAUCUUCCUCCCUCUCCCUACGCCACCUGCUUCCUCAGAAUGAGAAGUAGAAAGGAGUAUAAACUCUGUUCUCACGUGGAGAUGUUGUACAUCUCCCUGCACUGGUGACUGCAGGCAAUAGUUCACCCAAUGCCAGUGCUAGCUGAAAACAUCUAUCCUUUCCAAAGUGAAGGAAAAGUUAUCUUUCAGUGUCAAUUUUGUCCAGAACUAUUUUAAGUAAAAUGUUUCUGCUUGAUAGAAUUGUAUUCAGAAUUUACUAAUGUCAGCAUUGAUGCAAUGGAUUUCUUUUUCCGGGGGUACAUGGGGAAAUGUAUCUACCUUAUAUCCAGCUGUACUGUAGUGCCACCUGCAGGCCUGUUAAUAUGUUCACGGUUAUUUCAUUUUUUAAAAAAUAAAAGUCAUUUACUGUAA